AUGGUUGAACUUUUGGGUUUUUUCAGAUGCAAUCGAAAUAAAUCAUUCGCAGACGAAACCAAUAUAUUUAUAAUUCCAUUUUUAACAGGAACCAAUCCAGGACCAACUGAUAUUGAAUUAUUGAAAUGGGAUUUUGAAAACAUCAGUAUCAACAUAUUGUCUCUUCAAUCUUCAAAAAAUAAGAAAUUUGAAUAUAAUUGGAAUACAUUGGAAUGCUUGCUAUACCAUAUCGUUUGCGGUGUUGAAGUUAGUUGGGAAAUAGUAAUUUCUGGUAAUAUAAUUAAAGAGAUUUCAAAAUCGGGACAUAUUUAUCUUGUCCAAAAUUCAAAUUCAGGUUUUUUCAAUAUUAUAAUUCCUACUGUUGAUUUGAAUUUAAUAGCAACAAGGUUACCAAUGGAUUAUUUAUCCACUAUUACACGAUAUCCACCUGACAAUAAAUUUGUAAGAUUUUCAUUCGAAUAUAUAACAUCAAUAAUAAUAAUUUUAAAAAAUGAUUUAUUACAAAAAUACAAAUCAAUAAUUGUAAAUCUUAAAGAUAUUUUUGGAGAUAUUAUUGAUGAUAAUGAUAUAAUGAUUAAAUUUAAACAAUUAUAUUUAGUUAAGGAUAGUUCAAAUUUGUUUUAUGGGUAUGCUAGAAAAACCAUUGCAAUCGAAGAGCCAGGUUAUAUUUCUUUAUUGUGCGAUGAUUGCACCAUUUUCGAAAUUAGAUUAAAUUUUAAACUUGAAAGCUCAAGUGAUAAUUCAAAAACUAAUUUAAUGGUAGUUAUCAAAACAUAUUAUACCAAUAGUGAUUUAAAAACUCCAUCUCUCAAUAGUAUAUCAAUGCAAUUAUAA